AUGGCUGACAAACAAGGUGCUCCCCAGCGGCGGCUUCAAAGACCGGCCAUCUUUGUUUGUGAUCUUCAGGAGAAAUUCCGCAACGCCAUCUGGAAUUUUGAUAAAAUCCUUCUGACCUCUCAGAAAGUGCUCCGGGCUGCUCAGAUUCUUGACAUUCCAGUCUACGUCACGACACAAAGCCGGGCCAAGUUGGGCGAGACGGUCUCGGAACUGAAGCCCCUGGUCGAGAGGGCCACCGCCGACGUUGACAAGACGUACUUCAGCAUGUGGGUUCCAGAGAUCAGCAAGCAUUUACAGUACUCUGCGCCGUCCGAGGUCGUCAUCGUUGGCAUCGAGAGCCACAUCUGCAUAACGCAGACGACUCUAGACCUGCUCGCCAACGGACACAAGGUCUACGUACUGGCGGAUGGGGUGAGUAGCUGUAACAAGGAGGAGAUACCCAUCGCCCUGGACCGACUGAGGAGGGAGGGCGCCGUGGUGACGACGAGUGAGAGUUGGAUGUACGAGUGCAUCGGAGACGCGAGUAUCGGCGAGUUCAAGGAAAUCAUCAAGCUAGUCAAGGAGACAACAAAUGAUACGAAGACAGCACUAGGCGCCAUGCUGAGCAGAAUCUAA